UAUUAUGACAUAAGGCUUUGGGGAAUUGGAGCUUGGAGAAGGCAUUGCCAUGAAGGCAGAGGCAGGAUGUGAGCUCCUGGCAGCACAAAGACGAGGCUACCUCUGGAAUCAAUAGACGGCUCAGGAUGAUGUGAUAGAGGAGAGGGGGGCACACAACAACCAUGGCAUCGCCUAGCAUUAAGCUGCAACUGCUGCUGCAUGAGCCUUCCCAUCAAUAAUUCACUUUUCUUGGUGCCUUUUCCCUUCUGGAUGCAGAGUUUGGGGAUCCAGGAUUAAGGAGACUUUUGUUUUUGGAAGAGGACGGGACAGAAUAAAACCAGGAAGACUUUUUUUGUUGGGGGUUUUGGAGGCAGGGGUUAAUUUUUUUAUUUUUAUUUUGGAAAGUGAAUCCAUUUUUUAUUUUAAUUUCUUUUUUUUUUGCGCUGACAGAGGUUGAGGAGACAGAGCCGACACCAUGGUGGUGCUGAAAGCGGUGCGCGCCUAUGCGGAGCUCUCCAAGGUGCUGAUCCCACUCUGCUGGGCUCUGCUCGUCGGCUCCUCGCCUUGCCUAGCCCAGAACGACACCGAGCCCAUCGUCCUGGAGGGCAAGUGCCUGGUGGUGUGCGAUUCCAACCCGGCCACUGACUCCAAGGGAUCUUCCUCUUCCCCUCUUGGGAUAUCUGUCAGGGCAGCCAACUCCAAGGUUGCCUUCUCAGCUGUGAGGAGUACCAACCAUGAGCCUUCUGAGAUGAGCAACAAAACUAGGAUAAUCUAUUUCGACCAGAUCUUAGUAAAUGUGGGCAACUUUUUCACGUUGGAAUCAGUGUUUGUGGCCCCAAGGAAAGGAAUCUACAGCUUCAACUUUCACGUCAUAAAGGUUUACCAAAGCCAAACAAUACAGGUUAAUUUGAUGCUGAACGGGAAACCAGUAAUUUCGGCCUUUGCCGGCGAUAAAGACGUAACCCGAGAGGCGGCGACCAAUGGAGUCCUUCUGUAUUUGGAUAAAGAGGACAAAGUGUACUUAAAACUUGAGAAAGGCAACUUGGUUGGCGGAUGGCAAUAUUCUACGUUCUCUGGGUUUCUGGUGUUCCCUCUGUGAAGAUGCCUCGGUGUAGGACAUCAGACAAUCUUUCACCUUUGUAACCCGAAGAUCAUUUUUUUUUGUCAUUGAUGGAUUGGCAUCUCGUGGUGGAACUUGGAUUAUGCUGUCGCCAAAUUUCAGUGACAUUUCAAAGAAAAUAAAUAAAUAAAUAUUUUGUGUGUCUCAAGCUAUAUUUGGAAUCCAUCAGACAGUGACUCUAUAUGCUAAUGUUACUGCUAAAAGCUUUUCUGAUUUAAUUUAAGUGGAAUCUAUUGGGCGAAGCAAAGGACCAUGGAUUGACAUAGUUUGAGAAGGACUUGGUUCGUUUAGUCACUUUUGUGUUGUGGACUUCAAUCAACAGUUGGCCUUUCGCUGCCAAAAAAAAAUAAAAAAUACAUAAAAAAAAAAGCAAAAGCUUGAUACAAUUUAUAAUGUAAAACAAUACGCUAUGUUGGUUGUAAUGAUCCUGAUACCUUUUGAGUUUCACAAUCGUCGUAACUAAAUGGAUGACCUAAUUUGAGUCUUGAUGUAAUCUUUUGUCAUUGGUCAUGAGUUAAAGGGGGAAGUAUACCAUCUUGAUAACAUUUGUGAAUGAGGGCCAUCCAACCAUUGCUCCACGCUUAGAUGUUCCAUUAUUCUUUACAGAGAGACUCUGGCUAUGUUGACCCCAAAAAAUGCAAAACUAUGAGUGAAACCCCUGAAGAUGAUCACCAGGUUCUGCCACGUUGACUAGCAACUUUGAGUUCAUUUUCAACCAAAGCUAAAACCUAUUAGCAGAAACUAUGUAAUCCUGAAAUUCAUGGUUAGCUCUACAGUGUGGUUUCACUGGUCUACUGCGCUAAUGGAAACACAAUGCCACUUUUCCUAGCAAUGCCCAGGAUAAAUGACCAACUAAAGAAGAAUUUAGGCCAAAUUUUUUUUUUCUAUUAAUGGAUGGAAUAAGGUUAUGAUCUCUAUCUCUUUUUGUAGUUGUCCCCAUUGGAGAGACUUUUCCUCAUGUUGUAUUCUGUUGACACCUUUUUGAGUCAGUCAUGUGCCACCAGGACAAGAUGUAAAGAGAACUCUCCAGCCAUCAGGCAUAACUGUCACCAUUCUACAGGGCUAAUUACAAAAUUGAUAAGCCAGAGGCUGGAACUCUAGACUGUAGGGCUCACUUCUCAUAGUUUUAGACGCUAGAUUGGGAGGUACCCAUAUAUGAUGCCUGGGCAGAGACCCCAGACUACUUACCAGCAGAUUAAGGGAUGGGAGACCCAUUCAUUUCCACAUUUGCAGUGGAGUUUCCAUAGCAGGCCAACAACCUCCAAUUUCUUCCAGCGCCCAACUCUCUCUCUAUUUUACUUCUCCUUCCAGAGUUUCCCAUCAAACAACUGACUCCCACAUACCUCUAAGGGGCCCUAAAUAUCCAGGGUAGACCACUAUGGUGAACAGAAAGUGCUGUCCAGCAAUUCCUGGGUGGGACCCCCAAGUAAAAUGGCCCUGCACUUGGGUUAUUAGAAAGUAGACAAAAAUAUCACCAUUGGAGGACACAGAAAAUAAUGAAAGCAGCAGGAGGGUUAAAUUCUUCCAGAAACAAUCCAAAAAAAUAAAAAUAAAUUAGACUACCCUCCUCCCAUUAGAUAAGGAAGAAAAAUCUCUUCAGUGCAGGUACAUAAAGACAUGAAUGACUCACAAAGCUUCUAAAAUUUCACCACUCUGUUAAAAAAACGAAAUAUUAAUAUAGCCGUUCGUAUUUUCAUUGGAGAAUUGUUACAGAGAUCAGCAGAUAGCAGUAGAGUGGGUCCCACCAACCAGAUGGAUAAGUGAACAAGCAAAUCACCCUGGCGGAUGACAAAGGCUCACCCAAGAUGUGGGGUGUAAGCACUACCCUGUGUUCACCAGAGCUCCUAAUGGUAGAGAUAUGUUUUUUUUUAGUCCAGAUCCCGGUCCUCAGGAUCGUCACACCAGGAGGUGAGCAAGUUGUAGUCUAGUAGCAGAUAUAGCAUGUAGGAAUCAAGCAAAAGCAUAGUCAGUAAAUAAGCCAAAGGUCAGUAACAAGUAAUUAAAGGUUGGGUUCAGGCAGAAGUGUAGUUGAGGAGCAAGCCAAGGGUUGGUAGCGAGUGGUUGCAGGUUGGUAUCAAGAAGAAGCGUAGUUGAGGAACAAGGAAAAGGCUGGUAAUGAGUGGUUGCAGGUAGGGAUCAAGCAGAAGCAUAGUCAGUAAACAAGCCAAAAGUCAGUAACGAGUGGUUGGAAGAAGGAGUGACAAGAGCAAGAUAUUGGUUAGAGAGAGCACAAAACAGAGAGUGCAGAGACAUGGUCUAAAUCAAUAAGUUCUUGGGAGGAGCAAAGAGUUCAAGGUUCAUGAGAAACAAGACAUAAAGCAAGGUUGUCUAAGCAAUCAGGCAGGCAGCUAUUUAGCAUCUCAGGAGGCUCAGUGAGAUUUACUGCCGCCAGAUACAGCAGAGGUCCCAAGCUCAGGUCCAGAUCCUGAACACUUUAUUUCCCAUCUAAGGUAGCACAAAACAUCAGGACAAAAAAGUGGGGUGAGGGGGGAGGGGGUUAGAAUCACUCAGACAGGAACAAAGACAGCUGUAAAAGCUGACAGAGGUUCUACUUCCCAACUAUAUACAAAAAAUGUUUUAAAUUAGACUUCCACGUUGAGUUUAUUCAUACAUUGUUUUGACUGCUUAUAAAUUAGCAUUACUUGACCUUUGCAGAUAACUUCUACUGAUAUGUAUAAUUUGUGGAGGAAAUAUUACGCCUUUUAUGCCACCGAAACCCCUUCAGACUCAAAUCCCUUUUCGUUUCUUUUUUAUUUCUGACCAUUCCAUAGAGUAACAUCUGCUUAUACCUCCACCAUCGCACCAGGAAUCCUAAUUCAGAUUAGGCUACAGCGCCCCUGAAGGUGAAACAUGAUUUUGCAGCCUGUGACAGAUAGGAUUACGUUUUUUUUUU